AGCCAGUUUGGCUCCAGGACGCGCCCGCCGCCGCCGCCCCCGCCGCGCGCGCGCGCUCGCUCCAUGGCGUCCGCCGAGGCGGAGAUCGCGGCGGAGCGGGCGCUGUUGGCCGAGGGCGGCACCGGCGGCGACGAGGCCCUGGGCGGCGACGUGCCCACGGUGGACCUGGCGGCCGGGGACGAGGCCGCGGCGGCGGCCCUGUGGGAGGCGGCGACGACGGUGGGCUUCUUCCAGGUCGUGAACCACGGCAUCGCGCAGGCCGAGAUCGACGCCGCGUUCUCGGCCUCCGCGGGCUUCUUCGCGCGCCCGGUGGAGGAGAAGGAGCGCGCCUCGCCGUUCGCCCCCGAGGCGAACUCGGGGUACGAGUUCAUGAAGCAGGUCCGGCCCUCGACGGGCACCGCAGACCAGAAGGAGAGCCUCCAGAUCACAGCGCGGCAGGGCGCGAUGGAGGGGCGCUGGCCGCAGGAGCCCCCCGGGUUGCGGGGCGCCUCCGAGCGGCUGCUGGACUCGGCGCUGGCGGUUGGCAGGCGCAUCCUCUCGCUGCUCGAGACGAGGGCCUGUCCCAAGCUGGCGCCGGGCACGCUGAGCAGGGCGCACACGCUGUGGGGCCCGCAGGGCCAGUGCACGCUGCGCAUGCUGCACUACUUCCCCAUGGAGCUGCGGGCCCUGGAGGCCCUGCGAGCAGACGGCGGCGGGAGGAUGCACUGGCGGGCGGGGCCGCACACGGACUGGUGCUGCGCCACGCUGCUCUUCCAGCGGCCAGGCGGCGACGGCCUGGAGUGCGCGCCGAACCCGAGGGUGGGCGGCCCGUGGCUGCGAGUGCCGCCGCAGGAGGGGGCCAUCGCCGUGAACAUCGGCGACAUGCUCGGGCGCUGGUCCGACGGGCGCCUCCUGUCGAACCUGCACCGCGUGCGCCUGCCGACGCCCGCCGAGUGCUCCCCGGCGAGGCCGCGGUACUCGAUCGCCGUGUUCCUGCAGGCAGACAGAGACGCCGAGAUCAGGUCGGAGAAGCACCCCACCAUCACCGCGGGCGACUACAUCCUCGGCCGCAUCCGCAGCAACUUCGCCUCCGGUCCAGCCCCGAAGCGGCAGAAGGUGGCGGCCGACGCCGCGGCAUAGUCGCCGAGGUGGCCCUCCACGCAGCCAGCCAGCGGAUGCGCGCUCGUCGCGCCCGCGCGCGCGCGCGCGCUCGCGCGGGCGCGCGCCUCCAGCACGGGCGCAGGCCUCGUGCCGCAGGGAGGUCAGGGCUGUGCGCGCGGGCAGCGCGUGGCAUCGCUGCUCCUGUCAAACUGCUGGGGUACGCCCUGGGGCGGGGCCGUUGCCAAAUGUCUGCCUGGCGCACGCAUGGCCACAGCGAGGCCAGGGCGCGCUUCGACCAUUGUCUGGGCGUGUGGUCGCGCACGUUUUCCUUGCUGCUCUGUGAAAUUGCUGGAAUAUGCCCGAGAGCAGCGGCUGCCGCGCAUAGUAGGCAUACAGGCCCUCGCAAGCGCUGUCGGUACAUAUGAUUACCUUACCACGCGGUCGCGAUCAAAAGCACGUUUCCCGAGGCCCAA